AUGUGCAAUAACAUUGACUCUGAGCAAACUGUUAGGAUAACAGAACGAGCCAAAAGUGAGUCUCGACCCAACGAUGUUGAGCUGCUUGAACAAAUGGGGUUGAAACAAUUUACAGCACAAUUUAUGACUGUACCGUCCAGUUUCAUGAAAGAGAUAGUCGACAUGGCCUGCAGUAAACAUGAACAACAACUACAGUGUGGCUCAGUUUUUGAAGGUGAUGAAGUAACACGUCGCAGGAUUGAAGAUUUGAAGACAAUCGGAAACCAUAAAAUGAUGUUUGAUCUUGAAUGUGCUAACGAAACUUAUGCUCCUUCUGUUUAUCCUUGCGUCGGAGCUGAUGUUGCAUUAUGGUCUGCUUCAUGUUUACAACUAAUGCAACAAUACUGGACAUCCAGAAAUCUUGCAAACACCGAAAUUUUGUCAAUCUAUAAUACAGCUUUGAAUACAGUAAAAAAACUUAAACCUCGUGCAGAAUUGACAUCUGUUUUCCAUAAUUUUGUUUUUCAUGAUGCAAUGCGAAGAAUUUCCAAAAUUGAAGGCGAUAAAUGUGAACUCUUUAAACAGAUGCGCGACUGUAUUCUUCCAUCGUUGUACAAUCAGUGUGGCUUAGAAGCAACUGUUGCUGUGAAUACAAGUAUCAGUUUGGGUUAUCUUCGUACAGAACGGCGUGAAAAGUUGCACUUAGAUUUUCGAAAUUUUGCAUACUUCCUUGAUCCUCGUUGUGAAGGCUUGUAA